ACCACCAUCGACCGCAAUACCUCCGUCCGGUCCGUCAUAACUUUGCCCGCCUAUCGACCCAAGGCCGGCGACUCGGAGCAGGUCAUCGCCCGCGAAGGAGAACGAGACGGCAUUGACGUCGUCCUGGAACUCCCCACGGCCGAGGACGAGGAACAGCUGCGCGACAGCGAGAUGCAGACACUCUACGAGAUACGCCUGGCUCGCCGCCGCGAGAUUACCGAGCGCGAGCAAAUCCGACGGGAACGCCGCGAGGCCCGGUCCCGCAACGACACUGCUGCGCUCGAAGAAAUCAGCCGCAGAUCGCGCGCUGCUAGCAACAACUCCUUGAUGGAAGAGCUCCGUCGUGACCACGAGCGCAUCAGGAACGAGCGCCAGAGGACUACAUCCAGCGUCUCGUACGCCGAUCUGGGCAUCGCGAGGCAUGACGGGUCCCGUAUCCGCGCCAGCAGCACCGAGAGCGAGAGGGUCGGCCUCCUGUCCGACGCCGCUAGCGUCGCUGCUGUCUCCGUCCGAUCCGGCGCCGUCUCCCCCUUGCCCAGUCCCCGAGCUCCGAGCGCCACCUCAUUCCGAAGCGCCGAAACAGACUUCCCGAACCCCGUCUACUCGAGAUCGCGAGCCGGUUCGCGCACCGAUCUACCUCGCCUCUCCGUCUCGCCCCUCCCGAGCUCGGAUGCUGCGGAGACUGACCUGGGCGACUCUCAUAUGCCACUGCACUCCCCUCCCGGCUACGAGGAUGUGCCCCUCGACGAGGACCGUAACGGUUCUAGAUCCGUCACCCCUCACAUGGAGCCGCCUCCCGGUUAUUCAGGCCCUGCGCAACAACGAGCGUCGCAAGCGGCGGGGGGCGAAAUGGCAGGCUUGGCAAACGCGACCACCGAUCCACUUUCGUCCACGCGCGAGCAGCCAGCUCGUGCGUCGUCGACGGGGCUUAGCGGUGUGCCUCGACUCCCUGCUCUUCAGCUGACGGAUCUACCACGGAUCGUCGUUGAGCCCUCGAGUGCCCGACCUGCUGACGAC